AAGAAAAGGAUGAGGUCCGCUAGCUCCGGAGCUGUUCUUUUCAUGAUCUUCUUGAGCCACAUGACAUCAGCGUUGGAAGUGCCCCUUGACCCUAAGGUCCUGGAAGGAUUGCCCCAGCCCCCCACUAUUACGCUACAAUCACCGAAGGAUUACAUCUUUGACCCACGGGAGAACAUUGUCAUCCACUGUGAAGCCAAGGGGAAGCCUCACCCCAACUUUUCCUGGACGAGGAAUGGCAGCCAUUUUGAUGUGGAGCAAGACUCGAAAGUUCUAAUGAAGCCUGGUUCGGGAACUUUGGUCAUUGACAUCAGCGGGGAAAAAGCCGAAGCUUACGAAGGGACAUACCAGUGCACAGCCCACAAUGAUCACGGCACGGCUGUCUCCAACAACAUUGUCAUCAGACAGUCCAGGUCCCCCUUGUGGUCGAAAGAAAGACUUGAGGCCAUCACAGUGCAGAAGGGGGUCUCACUGGUGCUGCAGUGUCGCCCCCCAGCUGGUCUGCCUCCUCCUGUCAUAUUUUGGAUGGAUAACAUUUUCCAGCGGUUGCCACUGGACAAUCGAGUCUCCCAGGCCCUGAACGGAGACUUAUACUUUUCCAAUGUCCUCCCAGAGGAUAACAGAAAUGACUACAUCUGCUAUGCUCGCUUCCCAUAUACCCAAACCAUCCAACAGAAGCAGCCUAUCUCCGUCACAGUUCUCGAGACUAACCCGACGGGAGAGCGACGUCCUGGUUUCAUGAUGCCUUUGGGCGCCACCAGCACCAAGAUGGUCCUCCGUGGGGAGACGCUUGAGCUGGAAUGCAUCGCAGAGGGCUUGCCCACUCCAGAGAUGUCAUGGCAAAAAGACGGCGGUGAACUACCGACCAGCAGGGUUUCCUUCCUCAACUACAAGAAAACACUGAAAAUUUCGGACGUGAAUGAAGCCGAUGCUGGCGACUACACCUGCACCGCCACCAACCGCCUUGGCACAGCACACCAUAUUAUUAAAGUCACCGUGAAAGCUGCUCCAUUCUGGAUCAGCGCUCCCAGAAACCUGAUCCUCGCCCCAAAUGAGACCGGAAUCCUCACUUGCAAAGUCAGUGGAGACCCUAAACCAGAUAUUAGUUGGUUUGUCAAUGGAGUUCCCAUAGAAAACGCGCCUGAAGACCACACCCGCAAGGUGGAUGCCGAUACGGUGAUUCUUAGCCGUGUACAAUCCGGUUCCAGUGCGGUUUAUCAAUGUAACGCCUCCAAUGAAUUUGGCUACCUGAUUGCCAACGCCUUUGUUAGUGUACUCGCUGAACCCCCGAGGGUGCUAACUCCUCCAAAUCAAGUGUACCAGGUCAUCACCAACAGCCCUGCUUUGCUACACUGUGCCACUUUUGGCUCACCGAUACCAACCAUCACAUGGUUCAAAGAUAGCCAAAUAAGCAUCAAACGUGAAGACCCCUAUGUGAUCCACGAGAACGGUACUCUGGAGAUCAAUGUGGCCCAGUCGCAAAACAGCGGCAAGUACACGUGCAUUGCCACCAACAACCUUGGCAUCAAGGAGAACCAUGUCUUUCUGGAGGUGAAAGAGCCCACACGCAUCUUAAAGCAACCUGAAUACAAGGUGGUACAGCGAGGAAUGAGCGCCGUGUUCGAAUGUAAAGUCAAGCACGACCCGUCUCUUGUCCCUACCAUGACCUGGCUGAAAAACAGCGGCGAGCUCCCAGACGACGAAAGGUUUGAGGUGGACACGGACAGUUUAGUCAUCAAAGAUGUAACAGAUGAAGAUGAAGGCACUUACACGUGCAUCAUGAACACAACUCUGGACCAGGACUCUGCUAGCGCAACGCUAACAGUCGUCGAGGCUACUCCUACUCCAGCUAUUGUCUACGAGAUACCCGACCCACCUACUGAUCUGGAACUCACUGACCAGACUGAGCGCAGCGUUCAGCUCACCUGGAUUCCUGGAGAUGAAAACAACAGUCCCACGCAAAAGUUUUUGAUCCAGUACGAAGAUUUGCUACACCAGCCCGGCGUCUGGGUUAACAUGACAGAAGUUGCUGGUAUGAGCAACAAGGCGCAACUGGACCUCUCACCGUAUGUUUACUACUCCUUCCGAGUUCUAGCGAAGAAUCAAGUGGGCUACAGCCAACCCAGUCAGCCGUCGCGGCAGUACAGAACCAACCCAGCAGCCCCUGAUGAGAAUCCAUCAAAUGUUCAAGGAGAAGGAACAGAACCUGGAAACCUGGUCAUCUCCUGGACAUCACUAACAGGAUUCCAGUCAAAUGGGCCCGGCCUGGAGUACAAGGUGCUAUGGAGACAGAGGGAUGUGGAUCAAGAUUGGUCUUCCAAGACGGUGGCCAAUGAGUCCCAUUUUGUCGUGUUUGGGGUCCCUGUCUACGUUCCUUAUGAGAUUAAAGUUCAAGCACUCAACGAUUACGGCAACGGACCAGAGGCUGAAGUCGUCAUUGGAUACUCCGGGGAAGACUUACCUUUAGCCGCCCCUGAUGGCAUCCUGGUCACUGUUCACAACAGCACCAUGGCUGAAGUGCAUUGGGAGCCAGUGUCCUCGAACUCAGUCCGUGGAAAACUAAAGGGCUACAAGGUAUACUUCCAUCGCAAGCGGGGCUUGCAUGAGACUGAGGAGGAAGUGGAUCAAGAGCCGCAAGAGCACGUUCUGAUUUUCAGUGGAAACCGGACACAGGGGCGUCUGCCAGGCCUUGAACCCUACAGCCUCUACAAUAUCUUUAUCAGGGUCCUAAAUAGCAAAGGAGAAGGUCCUCAGAGUCAAGAAAAACAAUUCCAGACACCUGAGGGAGUUCCAGGCCCACCUUUUUUAAAGGUCCUGAAUCCCAGUUUGGACUCUCUGACUCUGGAAUGGGACCCCCCAUUAAAGAAAAACGGACGCCUAAUAGGAUAUACUCUAAAAUACCAGCCAGUCAUUAAUAACACUGAAGUGGGGCCUGUCAAUGUCAUGGAUUUUCUGGUUAAUGAGACCACUGUGACUCUGGACAACCUGAACACAAGCGUCCUCUACAGGUUUUACCUGAGUGCAAAGACCAUAAAAGGCGCUGGCGCCAACAUCACUAGAGAGGCCUCCACCGCUAUGGAAACAACUCAUACUCGUCCCACUGUCGAGAUGGGCAAAGGCCCCACAGAGCCCCCUCUUCUCCCAACUUCCCCUGUCACUCAGUCUGCGCACCCCCCGCUUCACAAGGCACCUUCUGUAGACCCUGUAUUUGGCAUAGUGAACACAUCUGUAUCGGAAGAAUGCGCUCUGAUCACUUGGGAAUACUUUGGCCACCAUAAGAACAUUUAUGUGGAAUACACGGUAGAAAACAGCAAAGAGGACUGGAAAAAGGAGUCUGUAAAUGGCUCUCAUUCGCAUAUUUUAAAAGGGUUAAAACCAGGGACAUCCUAUAGGGUUCGUGUGGUAGCGCGUGACCCGGGCGGGCCGGCGCUCCACACCACUAAUGAAGAAGUGGUAACAGUGCCAGCCAUACCUAGUCGACAUGUGGACAUCGCCACCCAAGGCUGGUUCAUCGGGCUGAUGUGCGCCAUCGCUCUGCUCAUCCUGGUGCUCCUCAUCGUCUGCUUCAUCAAGAGGAACAAGGGUGGGAAGUAUCCAGUGAAAGAGAAAGAAGAAGCCCACCAAGACCCAGAAAUCCAGCCAAUGAAGGAAGACGAUGGCACAUUUGGAGAAUACAGUGACACUGAGGAUCACAAGCCGCUGAAGGGCAGCCGGACGCCAUCUAACGGUACGGUGCGUCGCGACGAGAGCGACGACAGCCUGGUGGACUACGGAGAGGGCGGGGACGGCCAGUUUAACGAGGACGGUUCCUUCAUCGGCCAGUACAGCGGCAAGAAGGAAAAAGACACGCACGAGGGCAACGAGAGCUCCGAAGCGCCGUCGCCGGUCAACGCUAUGAACUCCUUCGUCUAG